AUGUUUACGUUCUCAAACAACUCUACCUCUACCUCUACCUCUGCUGCUACCUCCUUCGAGGCCAGCCAGCAAGAGCCCGUUUUCCAGACUGGCGUCGGUUGUCUCCGUCCUUUCCUUACCAAGGUUGGACGUCGAGCGCCGCGCACACUGGAGAUGAAGGCCGAGCAUGAGAAGACCCGUGUCCCAGUCACGAGGAAGGGAGGAGCCUUGAGAGACCUGCGGGCAACUAUCAAGGCUACCCUCCGAACCAAGGGCGGGGAUUUCCACGAGAGGGUGGAUGACUGGAAGAUGGCCGCUAAGAAAAAUAAGGCGGUGAAGAAAGUGGUUGCCUUUGCCGAGAAGCAAAGCCGGAAGGUUAUGUGCAUUCGGUUUAAGGAGAAUGAGAACACUAAGUUCUGGACCAUGCAAGAGCACCUUGACUUUAAGAAUGCUCUUGCCGGGUGGUACAGGAUGGGAGACGAGUUCAGGUCGCAGGAGAAGGGAAAGAAGGAGAAGAAGGAGAGGAAGUAAAGAGGAGCUUGGAGAAUGAUGGAUAGCAGGAGUUGAGUUGAAGAGGAAGG